AUGUACAGACUUCUUCCAAUGCUCACUUUGCAGGAGACGAUUGAGAGGAAGGAUCAGGAACACGUGGAGCACGUCAAACAGCUGGGGGAGGAGCAUGUCGCCGAGUUACAGGCGAAGGAGCAGGAUAGAGAUAGCGUUCAGGAGGCUCUGGCUCGCACAGAGAGCGAGAAGGAUCAGCACACGGAGACCAUCGCCAAACUCCGCCAGGAAAUCAAGGAUACAGUGGAUGGACAGCGAAUUCUGGAGAAGAAGGGGAGCUUUGCGCUCAAGGACCUGAAGAGGCAGCUGCACCUGGAGCGUAAGAGGGCCGACAAACUCCAGGAGCGACUGCAGGAGAUCCUGACCAACACCAAGUCACGCACAGGCCUGGAGGACCUGGUUCUGGCAGAGAUCAGCUCCCCGAGCCGAGCACAGACUGGAGACGGAAGCAGCAUCUCCUCCUACAGUUACCGGGAAGCGAUGAAAGAGGGAGCAUCAAGCAGCAAGUCUAACACGGGCAGUCCCCAGUCCCAGCGACCGGCCGACCUCUCUGAUGACGAGAUCUCUGACCUCUUCCAUCGACUUGCUGAGGCUCAACAGGAGAAGUGGAUGUUGGAGGAAAAG